AUGGCGGAAGAUCCGCCGAACAAAUCCUUGGAAGAUGAACACUUUCACGCGGCCACGGCGGCCAGGUUCAACAUCAAUGCGGACCCAAUUGUCCCGAUUACUGGGCGUGAAGGCGAUACCUUGAAGCCGUUGAUGUAUUCCGGCCGUUCCAUGGCCGUCUUCACCAGUGGAGGCGACUCUUCUGGAAUGAAUUCAGCUGUCAGAUCCGUGGUUCGAAUGGGAUUAUAUCUCGGAUGCAAAGUGUACUGUAUCUAUGAGGGAUAUCAGGUAGGAGGAGGUUUUUUGAUUUUUAUUGAGAGCUUAGGGCAUGGUCGACGGCGGCGAUAACAUCAGAGAAGCCGAUUGGAACAUGGUAUCCGAUAUUAUCCAAAAAGGAGGAACUAUCAUUGGGUCAGCCAGAUGUAAGGAAUUCAGAGAACGAGAAGGACGUCUAAAGGCAGCUGAGAAUCUGAUAGCCAGAGAAAUCACAAAUUUGGUCUGCAUUGGAGGAGAUGGGUCACUUACGGGAGCUAAUCUCUUCAGACAAGAAUGGCCAUCCUUGGUCGAGGAACUGGUCAAACAGGGGAGAAUUACUGAUGAGAAAGCCAACGCUUGCUCUAAUAUUCAGGUAAGAAAGUUUUAAAAUUGACUUUUCGGUUUUAGAACAUACCAUGGCAUCAUUUUAUAUUCUACAUAACAAAAUAAUCAUGAUUUUUUUAAUUUUAGAUUGUUGGACUUGUCGGAUCCAUUGACAACGAUUUCUGCGGAACAGACAUGACCAUUGGCACGGACACAGCUCUUCAGCGAAUCAUUGAAGCCAACGAUGCUGUAGUUUCCACGGCUCAAAGUCAUCAAAGGGCCUUUGUCAUCGAAGUCAUGGGACGUCAUUGUGGAUAUCUUGCAUUGGUUGCUGCGUUGGCAUCGGAAGCUGAUUUCUGUUUCAUCCCGGAAUGGCCACCACCGUCCCAAUGGAGACAGAUUCUCUGCGAGAAGUUGGCCCACAGCAGGUCCAUGGGAUGCCGGUUGAAUAUCGUAAUUGUGGCUGAAGGAGCGAUCGAUAGAGAUGGACAGGCCAUCAGUUCUGACUUGGUAAGAGCUUAUCUUGUAUUCUGUAUGAGUUUCCGAUAGAAUAUAUGAAAAUUAAUUCCAUUAAUUGAUAUGGUUUUAGGUGUGCAAGGUCAUCAAAGACACCCUCCAUUAUGAUACUCGUACUACUGUCCUUGGUCACGUUCAACGUGGAGGCAAUCCAUCAGCCUUUGAUCGUCUUCUUGGAUGCAGAAUGGGAGCUGAAGCCACCUUGGCAUUAAUGGAAAUGACCCCAGAAUCAGAGCCAUGUGUAAUAUCGAUUGAUGGAAAUGUGAUGGUCAGAGUGCCCCUAAUGGAGUGUGUUCGACGAACUCAAGCAGUUCAGAAAGCCAUGGAUUCCAAGGACUUUGCAUCGGCUGUUAAACUGAGAGGGAGAUCCUUCCAGAGAAAUCUUUUGACCUACAGAUUGCUUACCAAGUUAAAGACUCCGCAGGAGAAGGAUAACUUGUCUGAAGGGCAUAUAUUUAACAUGGCUGUGAUGAAUAUUGGUGCACCAGCUGGUGGAAUGAACGCCGCGGUCAGAUCUUUUGUUAGAAUGGGGCUUUACCAUCAUUGUAAUGUGUAUGGAGUACAUAACAGCUUCGAGGGGUUGGCAACUGGACAGUUGAAGGUAAGGAGACAGGAAAAGUAAAAUUAGUAGGGAAUUGAGUGUAUAAGGAAGAGAUUGGAGAUAAAUUGGAAGGAUUAGAGAGUAGAUAAUGCUAUAUUAUACAUGACAUUUGUAUCAUACUGAUAUUUUUUUAUAGAAAAUGGAAUGGAAUGACGUCACCAACUGGGUAAUGCAUGGAGGAUCUUUCCUUGGAACGCAGAAGCAACUCCCUGACAAGCAUCUGGAUAAAAUCGCUCAGGUUCUAGCAAAAUUCAAGAUCCACGGACUCCUGAUCAUUGGUGGAUUCGAGGCUUUCCAUUCCCUCAAUAUCCUCGCAAAGAGCCGCGACAAGUACCCGGAAUUCAGAAUCCCGAUCUGUGUGAUCCCAUGCACAAUUUCGAACAACAUCCCGGGCACCUCCUUGUCCCUAGGAUCAGAUACAGCCGUAAAUGAGAUCUGCCACAUGAUAGACAAGAUCAAACAGUCGGCGACAGGAACCAAGAGAAGAGUUUUCAUCAUCGAAACGAUGGGAGGAUUCUGCGGAUAUCUGGCCACGAUAUCGGCCUUGGCCACGGGCGCUGACAAUGCGUACAUUUUCGAGGAAAAGUUCAGUGUUGAUGACAUAAAACAAGAUGUUCAAGUUAUCGUGGAUAAGAUGAAGAAAGGAGUUCAAAGAUAUCUGAUCGUUAGGUGUGAGAAGGCCAACAAAAAUUACACUACUGAGUUUGUACAGCAGUUGUUCAGUGAGGAAGGAAAGGGAGAGGUGAGUAAAGUUUAGUAUAAUGUAUGGAGAGGCGUUGUGACCGAUUGAAAUAAACGUAAAUGUGAAUUUAGUUCACGACCAGAGUCAACAUCCUUGGCCAUGCCCAACAAGGCGGUAAUCCAACUCCAUUCGACAGAAAUAUGGGAACAAAAUUGGCAGCUCGCGCCCUAGAACAUCUGAUUUGCCAAGCCAAAGAGUAUAUUAACAUGGAAACGGGAGAGAACAAGGCCGUUGAUAAGACUUCCGCCACUCUCUUGGGUCUCACUGUAAGUUUAUUUGAACUUGGAUUUAUGUUAUUUAAAUGCCUGAUGUCUGGUGUAAUAUAUUGUGAUUGAUGAAUUUACAAAUCUUGAUGAUUUUAUUUCAAUUUUAGGGCCGUCACGUCUCGUUCACCUCAGCUGAAGAUCUCUGCCAACAAACCGACUUCGAGCAUCGUCUCCCAACCGAUCAAUGGUGGAUGAAACUCCGCCCACUUCUUCGUAUCUUAGCUAAACACAACAGCAUUUACCAUGCCCAGGCCUUCACCGUACCCGAAGUAGAAGGCGACUUCGAUUAG